AUGCUUAGGCGUGUCCCGAGGGUCUUGCAGAAGGGUGAAAGGGGACUUUACUUUCCCAUCAAUCAUCGUAUAGUUGACCACAGAAUUGCACCUGGUGUGACUGUAGAAGAGACAGAUGUGCAGUCCCGUUACAGGCGGGAGCUGCGCACAAAUUUUGCAACGGGCGAGACACGGCAAACGAUAGCACCUCCGUGGAGUGCCCGCGAACGGCCAACGCAUUUUUUUUCGCUUCGGCUCCCUUCUAGGAACUCUGUAACCCUGCGAGUAAAGGAAAUGCAUAACCAUUUACUUUUUUCUCACCAGCAAUGUGCACCGAUGCUGGUUUCCCCAACGAAGUUGCACAUUACAUUGGGAGUGAUGACGAUUCCCGAGAAUUCUCGGGAAGAACUUGUGAAAAAUAUCCAGCAGUCAAUGUCUGAGACCUUUGCAUGCGUCCAACCGCUGCAACUUCGUUUCAGGGGGCUCGGGACGUUUGACUUCGGUCGCGUUUUAUUUAUUCGCGUUGUGCCUGAGGCAGACUUUGGGAGGCUGGAACGUGCUGUUUGCGAUAUUAGGAGGCGUGUGGGUGGUGUUUUGGGAGUCGACUUGAAGGGAAAUCCUCAUGACUCCUACGUUCCACACGUGACGGUGGCGAAGAUACGCCCCAAUCAACGGCAACAACUUGGAGACACAAUACCUCAGUCAUUGUGGGCUGACUACCAGCACCAUGAUUUUGGUGAUGUGACUUUAUCGACGGUGGACCUCUGCCGUAUGAAGGGUUCACCGGAUGGUUAUUAUCACACCGAGGGCGCUGUGCACUUAUCGUAG